AUGUCAGCGCAGAGUAAAGUUGUCACUUCUAAUCCUCAAAUAUCAAAUCAAUGUAUAGCAAAUGGAAGUGAAAUUAUUGAAAGAAAAAAACCAACUGAAACAGAUGAUGAGUGUUGGUUGCAUCAUAGGAAUUCUGAUAUUGCGGAAGCAGAAUAUAGUAAAAUGGAGGAAAUGGAAAUGGGAAAGUGGAUGAUGUUUAUUAAAAAGUCAGAGUUGGAUCAAAUGUGGGAAAAUAGUUGUAAUUUGUAUGAUGCAGGUAAAUUAAAUGGAAUUGUAGGUAUGAAAUGUUCAACCAAUUACAAAAAUUCAAGAUCCUCAGAUGACGCAUUGGGUGUCAUUAUAUUUUACUGCGGGCCAUCAUCUGAUGAAAGUAAAAUGUUAGAAUGUGGUAAAAAUCUUUUAAGAUUCAUACCUUAUUAUAACAAUUACGGUCAUAUGUACUACAAAAGUGAUGUACAAACCUUAGGAGGUACUCGUAAAACUGGUCAGACUAAAAAUUGGUUGUAUAAGUUACAGAUUCCUAAAACCCAAGAUGAAACAAAUUCUUUUAUGUAA